AUGACAAGUCGAAGAUUAUCAUACAGCAUACCCCAAUCUGAAAGCAAUAAAGAAGAAUCUGUCACUGGAUUGAAAGAGCUCUACAGCACCAUAAAGUAUGACUGGCCCCGUAUUUUGGAGGACGACGCCAACCCAAUUGAGUUAGCCAUUUCGCUAUUGGAUGAUAGUUCAGUUGGUAUGGCUCACAGGCUUGAUGAAUUCAAGAGACUUAAAAAAUCAACUGAAGGUGCAUUGCGAGGCGUUGUUCAUGAGCACUACGAGUUGUUCAACAACAGUAUAGGGUCAUAUCAUAUGUUGUUGUCGACAUUGGACAAAUCACAGCAAGACUCUGAAAGCAUCAGAAAUUUUCUUCAAACAUCAAACAAAGAGAUUCAUGAUAGAAGUGCUGUAUUGGCUGAGUUAUCUGAGACUUCAGGGAGAUAUGCAGAGCUGAUUGAUAUAGUGGACGCCAUACAAGAGAUGAACAAAAUUCCCGAUCAGGUGGAGCAACUAAUCAAUGAGAAGAAGCUUCAUGAGGUGUAUGAUAUUAUUGCCAAUGGCUAUAAGACAGCUGAACGUUAUAGCUUGUGGUCUUUACCGGCAAUGAACGAUAUAAGAGCCUAUCUCGAGCAGCAAUCAAACAAGUUGUACGAUAUGAUUAUUGAUGAAUUGCAAAAUGAAAUAUACCUGAAAAAUAACAGCUCAAUUUCCAAUACAGGUGUUACCUUGUGGCAGUCAAUAGUAGAGUCUACAAGUCCGCAGAUGGCAUCUUUCAAGGCCUUGGUUAAACUGGAGAACUUAGAACAGUAUGUGCACAAUUCAGCCAACUUGGAUAUUUUGGAAGUAGUCGACUAUUUGACAGCACCGGUUAGUGAUUUUUUAAUUCAGCUGUUGCCCAAAUUGCACGAAAGCAGUUUGAAAAAUGAUGGUAUAGUUGACUACACUAUAUUAUUAAAGAUGAACAAUACCAAUGAUAGUUUCUAUUAUAUGUACAUGCUUUUGGUAACUGCCUUUAAAUUAGGUAGGUUACAACAAGUGGUUGAGACAUUAGUUGAGGCAAACCAACUGGAGUUGCACGGGUUGGUUAAUAGAGUUACCGAGGAAGUGAAACUGAGAAAUGGAUAUGCGCUUUCGAAACUCUCCAAAAUCCAACAUUUCGAGCAGGAUUCAUUGCUUGAUGUAAUGGCACACAAGAGCUUUAGUGAUUCAGCUGUUGUCAUCCUUCAAGAAUUAUUUGGAUCGAUAACAGUAAGGUGUUUGCUUGCCUUUCAGAAACACAAGGUUGUCAGCCAAAUUGCUUCACUUUUAGGACAGGGCCAGGAUGCCAACUAUUCCAAUUCACCAUCUCACUCCAAAAACAUCUUGCGCGUUUGGGAUACCACAAAGAAAGAAUUACAAAAUUUGAUAUUAAGUUAUAUCUAUGAUGAUGGGUCUCUUGAGUUAGGGGUUAAGUUAGUGGACAACAAGGCCGACCAAAGGAAGGUGCAUAAAUCUUUACAUCAACGAAAGCUAUUCUAUUUUGAAAAUGUUGAUUGGAGCUUUACAAAAUCUGCACAAGAGCUUCAGGAUUCAUUGAGUGAUAUAUUCCCCGGAUUCCAUAUUGAUGAUAAUGAUAAGGAUCUUUUGACUAUGGAGACGCCUUAUUUUGAAGACGAAUCUUUCAACACGCAAGUCGAAGUAUUAACACCUAAAAACUUGUUCAAUAUGAGAAUCAUAUUAGAGCCAUUGCUAAUAUUUGUUGAGGGUUCGCAUAGAGUGCUUUCCAAUUUCCACGUCCAGAAGAACAGCACUGAUAGUGUGGCCUUUCAAUUUUUCAGUGACUUUAUGAGGUCUUCAUUUUUGACUUACUUUAGAUCAGCAAUCGAUGAAGUAUUUAGUGACCAAGUUGGUGGGGUAUAUACCGGUGGUCCUGUGAAGUUGAACGAACCAUCGGGCUUAAAACUUGAGGUUAUUACCUUGCGUCAAGAUAAUGAUUUGGAAUUAUUAGAGGUGUCUCGUCCUGACAACGAUUCCAGCAUAGUGAUUUACGAAAAUGCAUUCAAUUUUAAGAAGUUGUUUUUGGAACUUUGCCUCAUUUUGAAUACUUCGUUGACCUAUAGAGAGGACAUAUCCGACACUGUUUUGCAAACUUUGCAAAGUUUUGCUACCGAGUACAGAAAGUUAUUCCAAGAUUUGUUGUCGACUGAAGGUGCCAUGAGCAGACCUGUCCUGCAAAUAAGCAAGUGGAUGAAGAUGCAUGCAUUGACUGAGGUCAGUGGAACUAUCAUACUUGAUCUUAAUGAGAAGAGCACUUCCAACUUGUCCAAGUUCAUUACCUCUGAAAACGGAAUGUUGCUUCAUGAAAUCCAAAAUUCUGUUGUCAAUAAAGAUAAUCUUUUAGAUGGUGAUACUUUUUUCCAUGUCGUUUAUUUAUUGUUAACUACAUCAUGGAUUUUGACAUGGUUAGUGUGGGUCAAAAAGCAAUCCAACUAUGCCAUUGCCGAUGACCAAACCAAUUCAGUUGUUGUUUCCCCAGUCGAAAAGUUGAGGUACAAUUGGUCAUUUUUGGAAAACGGUCGUCCUUCAAUCAAUUUCACGACCAACUCCUCAGACAUUACUCAGAAUAAUAUCCUUUUGGCAUUGAGUUCGGAAAAGAUAAUUGAAUUCAAUGAUGUGGUUGCAUAUUUCGAAGGCAUACGAGAUCAAACAUUGUUGGCAUUGAGAUAUGAGUUAAGAAGCAAGGCUAUUUAUUACCUUAACUUGUCGUUCAAUGUGAUGGAUUGGGUGCCAACUACGGAACCAGGCGAUGCAGACCCAUACGUCGUUGCAUUAAACCUGGAAAUCUUUACAAUUGAUACUCAGUUAACAAAGGCUUUAAAACCAGAAGACAAGGAAAGUAUCUUUGUUGGAUUUAGUGAAUUCCUCAAUGAUGCAAUGAUCCAAGGUUCAUUCAAGGUUAAAAAGGUAAACAACAACGGUAUCAAACGGGCGAUGUUGAAUAUAUCCACUUUGCAACAGAUUUUGAGAAGUUUAUCGCCCACUCCUCAAACAAUUGAUUUCAGCAAGUCGUCACUAUACUUUGAAAUGUUUACCUUGAAUGAGUUUAGUCUAUUGAACCGUAUCAAGGCAAAGACAUCAGCAUAUACAAGACUGCAGUAUCAUAAUCUAGCUAGGUUGAUUUACAGCGAAAAAUUAGCUGAUGGCAAUGGGUCUCAGUUCAACAAAGACAAGCACAGUGACUUGGUUAAAAAGAUAAACGAAAUAAUAGAGUAA